UCUCUCUUCAGUCAGUCUCUCUUUUGUCUUCUCUCUCUCGUCCCCAUACAGUCCUCCCAUUUCUUUCACUCUCACCCUCUCUGCAACCUUCUUCUCUCUCUCUCGCAUUUUCUCUCUCUAAACGGCGGACUUUGCUUCCUGCUUCGCUCACAGUCAUUGCGGCUCGCGGAGUUUGCCCUAGACCGCAAUCGCAGCUCAGAUCUAACUCCUCGCGUUUCGGUUUAGUGUUGCAGAAUUCGCGUCUGUGAAGCUAUGUGCUGGUAGGAUAAUGGCUAGCUCGGACCCUAGUAAGAAGACCCGACCCGGCCCAUGGCCGCCCGCACCGGCAGCUCCCGCAAUGCCGCCGACUACCUGGGCCAAGCGGACUGGAUUUCGCCCCAAGUUCUCGGGAGAGACCAAUGCCAGUAACUCCGGCCAAAUUGCGCCCCGGCCGCAAGAUCAGCCCCAGGCUCAACCCCCCGCGCGGACCAGGGGGGUGGAUUCUAGUCUGGAUCUCGAAGCGGGGAGGGCUAGGCCGGAGAAAGCUAACGGGGAGCAGGCGAAUGGGAAGCCGCAGCAGCCGGAGAAGGAUCAUCCGGUGAGGAAGCGGAGGGAUUCUGACGGCGGCGGCGCGCCGAAGAGUACCGUAGCUAAUGGACAGGCGGUGACUGCCACUGAGCCAGCAACGACGGCUGCUGGUGGGCAGCAGCCGAGUCGAAGAGCAUUGAGGAAUGAGGAAGUGGUAGACAUGUUGCCACAGUCUAUUGAUGAUGAUAGCUUCGCGAGGCAUUCACAUAUGAAGUACGAGCUUAGAGAUGUACCUGGUCUUGUUCCUAUUGGUUUCUAUGGCUUACAACAUUAUCUUUCAAUAUUGGGUUCGUUGGUACUAAUUCCACUUGUGAUUGUUCCGGCAAUGGGUGGCACCUAUGAGGAUACAUCAAAUGUUGUCUCCACUGUGCUUUUUGUGUCAGGAGUGUCUACACUUUUGCACACAUUUUUCGGCUCAAGGUUGCCGCUAAUACAGGGUCCUUCAUUUGUUUAUCUUGCUCCAGCACUUGCAAUAAUCAACUCCCCAGAGUUCUUAAGAUUGAAUGGAAAUAAUUUCAAGCAUAUUAUGAAGGAGUUACAGGGAGCCAUAAUAAUUGCUUCAGCUUUUCAAGCAAUACUUGGAUACAGUGGGCUUAUGAUGAUAUUUUUGAAGUUGAUUAAUCCAGUGGUUGUUGCCCCUACUAUUGCUGCUGUUGGGCUGUCUUUCUACAGUUAUGGUUUCCCCCGAGUUGGUGCUUGUCUUGAAAUUGGUGUUGUGCAGAUCUUGCUAGUUAUUAUUUUUUCUCUUUACCUUCGCAAGAUUGCUAUUUUGGGUCAUCGUGUAUUUCUAAUUUAUGCGGUUCCAUUAGGUCUGGCUAUAACGUGGGCUAUAGCUUAUCUUCUAACUGAAGUGGGAGCCUAUAGCUACAAGGGUUGUGAUGUGAAUGUACCAACAUCAAAUAUAAUAUCUGAUCAUUGCAGAAAUCAUAUUUCUAGGAUGAAGAGCUGUCGAGUUGAUACUUCCCAUGCAUUAAGAUCUUCCCCCUGGUUUAGAUUUCCUUAUCCUUUGCAAUGGGGAACACCUGUCUUCCACUGGAAAAUGGCUCUUGUGAUGUGUGUGGUUUCCAUAAUCUCAUCUGUGGAUUCGGUCGGUUCAUAUCAUGCAUCAUCAUUAUUGGUGGCUUCUAGACCACCUACACCCGGUGUUUUGAGUCGAGGAAUUGGUCUUGAAGGUCUUACUAGCCUCUUGGCUGGUCUGUGGGGGACAGGAACUGGGUCUACAACUUUAACUGAGAAUGUGCACACCAUUGCUGUCACUAAGAUGGGAAGCCGGAGAGCAGUUUCACUGGGAGCAGUUCUUUUAAUUGUUCUAUCCCUUGUAGGCAAAGUAGGGGGAUUUAUUGCUUCAAUUCCACAAGUCAUAGUUGCAGCUCUACUAUGCUUUAUGUGGGCGAUGCUUACGGCAUUGGGCUUGUCAAAUUUACGCUACAGUGAGGCAGGAAGCUCAAGAAACAUUAUCAUUGUUGGAUUAUCAUUGUUUUUUUCACUGUCAGUACCCGCCUACUUCCAACAGUAUGGUAUCUCUCCGAACAGUAAUCUGUCUGUUCCUAGUUAUUUUCAGCCCUACAUUGUCGCUUCUCAUGGUCCCAUCCGCACCAAGUAUGGAGGGGUAUGUAUGCAUUUUCACCUACUUACAUUAGCCGCAUUAUCUGAAUUCCCCCUAAAUAUACUAUUCAUUUUGCAGCUAAACUAUAUCUUGAACACGCUUUUUUCACUGCACAUGGUGAUUGCUUUUCUGGUAGCUGUGAUCCUGGACAACACCGUGCCAGGCAGCACCCAGGAACGAGGGGUGUACAUGUGGUCUGAACGCGAUGCUGCCAGAAGGGAACCCGCUGUAACUAAAGACUACGAAUUGCCUUUUAGAGUCGGAAGAGUAUUCAGAUGGGUAAAAUGGGUGGGGCUUUAGCACUCUUCGACUCGUAGCCUGCCCUGAUUACCAUUUUUCAAGCUCAUUCCAGGCGUCUAUCCCUUCAUGGAAUGAGUUUGGCAUCUGCAGUGCCAUUUUCACCGGAUGCCGCUUCUCGGGAGUGUAGGCGCCCCCACCUUAUAGAGAGGUAAGCUGUUUGUAUAUUGGAGGAUCCGGGGAAUGUGUUGUGAUGGAUAUAUAGAUAUAUUGUAAUAUUGUAUGUAUUUUUUGAAGCUGAAAGAUGUCCUGAUGGACUUUUGCUAUUCAUCUGUUCUGCUGCACAGCUGCUUUUUGAUCAAUUGAAUUUUCAAUGUUAAUGAAUGCUCAUUCUAUUCUAUUCAAAGAUGUGAGAUGUCUAUAGAA